CCACUUUCCCCGGAAGCACGUUUGUUUAUAUUCGAACGUGCUUGUUUUCAGCGUGCUGCAGCGGUUCUCCUCCCGUAGCUCUGUUGUUUCGUCAAACAAAUAAAAUGUUGGAUUUGGAGAGUCCAGGAGAGAGCUGUGAACCAGGAGAGAAGCUGAAAGCGAGUCAGAGAAAGAUUUCUCUCUCACAUUGUGGAGUUUGUAAUUCAGAGGAGGCGAAGUAUAGAUGUCCUGCCUGCCUCACACACACUUGCAGUUUGCUAUGCGUGAAGAAACACAAGGAUGACUCGGGAUGUAGUGGGGUUAGAAGUAAAACGAAGUUUGUGACUCUGUCACACUUUGAUGAAAUGGCUCUUCUCAGCGAUUACAGGUUUCUGGAAGACACGGGGAGAUUUUCUGACUCUGCCACCAGAGACAAUCUCAUUCGAACUCCUCGCACCACUGCCAAAGCAAGGAGGCUGGCUGCUCAUGCCAGAAAGAUGAAUAUCACGCUGAGAUUCCUCCCUGUUACCUUCACCAAGAGCAAAGAAAACUCCACCUUCUUCAUCCAAAAGGAAAAACGGUUCCUGUGGCAUCUGAAGCUCAUCUUUCCUCAAAGCAACACAGAGUUUAGUAAGAGGAGCGUCUCUGAUGAUAAAUCAUUGAUCCAGAUCUUGACUGCUUACAUUCACCCAACGGAGUCUGAUCCUGUAACUCGUCAAAAGUUAAAGAUGUAUGUGAAUUAUCCGUUUAAUCAUCUAAAGGUUUUCUUGAAAGCAGAGGGGAGAAAGGCUAACUCUGUCAGGUACCAUGAGUUGGACCUGGAGAAGAGCUUAAGGGAAAACCUGAGCGGCAAAACACUCAUCGAGUAUCCUGUUCUCCACGUUGUUCUCAGAGAUUAUUGGAAGGACUAUCCACUGAAAGGAGCAGCUGAACCUGCACCAGCAUGCAUGUCUUCUGCAACAAGGAAUGUUUGGAUGGACCAGGAGGGACAGAAGGAGGAGGUGGAGGAGAAGGAAGUGGUGGCGGCCAAAGAUUCACCGCACAUACAAGAGUCGUACAGACCAGGGGGAACAAAUAUUUGCACAAGAGCCCGGGAGAUGACUCCUGAAACCGAGGCCCCGCAGGAGAAAAGAGCAAAGAGAGGAGCAGAGGAUGGGGAGCAAGAAGAGGGAGAGAUCAUAGACAGCAGCGAUGAGGAGGACAGAAAUGAGUCACAAUGAUAUAUUAGGUCCUUCUGAAGAUGAUGUGGAGAAUGCCUCGGCCUCUAGAGAUGAAGCUGUCACCAUGAAGCAGCAAAAAAGAAAAGGAAAUGUGCAUCGUCACUGAUUUUGAAAUGAGUCAGCUGGGACGAUAAAGAGUUUGGUGAAUAAACUGAAAUAAAUGAGAACAGAGGAAUACAAAACUAUCAGACUGGGUUAGAGAAGAACAGCUUAAUGUUUUUACUUAUUUAGGAUGUUUUCUCAUCUAAAAUCAUUUUUCAUUUUUAUGAUACUUUAUCAUGUUUUCUUCUCAAAAUAAUAAAAAGACACUUUGUGCCACAUUGA